UGUGGGCACGGAGGCCUGAGGAGGGAGAGAAGCGAAGACCCAGCCACUCCACCUACCCACAGCCCAGUCCCGCAGGCAGCAGAGCCAGCAGGAGCCACCUCCCCCGGGGCCCACACCUGCCUGUCCCUCCUGGGUCCUCAGUGCCUGCCGGGAAGGAAAGCCAGAGAGAAAAAGGAGACAAUGGAGCCAGACAGGACUCAGAUAAAGCUUGAUCCCAGGUACACGGCAGAUCUUCUGGAGCUACUGAAAACCAAUUACAGCAUUCCCUCUGCCUGCUUCUCUCACCCUCCCACAGCAGCCCAACUUCUGAGAGCAUUGGGCCCUGCGGAAAUUUCUCUCACGGUCAUCAUGACCUUGCUCGCCCUGGGCUCAGUCGCCAUCUUCCUGGAGGAUGCUGUCUACCUAUACAAGAACACUUACUGCCCCAUCAAGAGGAGGACUCUGAUCUGGAGCAGCUCUGCGCCCACGGUAGUGUCUGUGUUCUGCUGCUUUGGUCUCUGGAUCCCUCGUGCCCUCAUGCUCGUGGAAAUGGCCAUAACCUCGUUUUAUGCGAUGUGCUUUUACCUGCUGAUGCAGGUCAUGGUGGAAGGCUUUGGUGGGAAGGAGGCAGUAGUAAGGACACUGAAGGACACCCCAGUGAUGAUCCACACAGGCCCCUGCUGCUGCUGCUGCCCCUGCUGCCCACAACUCAUGCUCACCAGGAAAAAGCUUCAGCUGCUGAUGUUGGGCCCCUUCCAGUAUGUCUUCUUCAAGAUAACACUGAGCCUGGUGGGCCUGUUUCUCCUCCCUGAUGGCAUCUAUGACCCAGCAGAUCUUUCGGAGAAGAGCACGGCUCUAUGGAUCAACACUUUCCUUGGCGUGUCCACCCUGUCAGCUCUGUGGACCCUGGCCAUUCUUUUUCGUCAAGCCAAGCUGCACCUGGGCGAGCAGAACAUAGGAGCCAAAUUUGUUCUGUUCCAGGUUCUCCUUAUUCUGACUGCCCUGCAGCCAUCCAUCUUCUCAGUCUUGGCCAACGGUGGGCAGAUUGCUUGUUCGCCUCCCUUUUCUUCUAAAAUCAGGUCUCAAGUGAUGAACUGCCACCUCCUCAUCCUGGAGACUUUUCUGAUAACUGUGCUGACACGAAUAUACUACCGAAGGAAAGACGACAAGGUUGGAUAUGAACCUUUCUCUUCUCCAAACCUGGAUUUGAACCUCAAAGCUGGAGGUGGAUUGCUUGGACAAUGAAAGAGACACUGCACUCAUUAGAUGGGCACAAGCUUUCUUUACUGUUCCUCAACCUUGACCAAAUGGGGAUGGAUUCCAUUGUCAGAGCAAGUUGGCUAAUGAUAUACACUUGACUGUAGAGACGAAUGUGAACUAUGCAAUAGGAUGAAAUUGUUUUGGAUUUUGCCUGAGGAAGGUAUUUUAAGUUUUAUAAUAAACAAACAGGAUGGAGUUUGAUGUUCUACAACUGGGCACAU